AUGGAAGAGUUAAUAGUUGAACUUCGUCUCUUUCUUGAACUCCUGGACCACGAAUAUCUAACAUCAACUGUCCGGGAGAAGAAGGCAGUUAUCACAGACAUCCUGCUGAGGAUACAGUCAUCCAGAGGUUUUGAAGUGAAAGAUCAUGCUGCAAAGCCGGAGACCCCCAACAGCCUGCCGGCCCCUCCCCAGAUGCCUCUGCCAGAGAUCCCGCAGCCGUGGCUGCCCCCCGACAGCGGGCCGCCGCCCUUACCGACGUCCUCCCUCCCGGAAGGCUAUUACGAGGAAGCUGUGCCCCUGAGUCCCGGAAAAGCUCCGGAAUACAUCACCUCAAAUUAUGACUCUGAUGCCAUGAGCAGCUCUUACGAGUCGUACGAUGAAGAGGAGGAGGAUGGAAAGGGGAAGAAGACGCGGCACCAGUGGCCCUCGGAGGAGGCCUCCAUGGACCUGGUGAAGGAUGCCAAGAUCUGUGCCUUCCUGCUGCGGAAGAAGCGCUUUGGCCAGUGGACCAAGCUGCUCUGUGUCAUCAAAGACACCAAACUGCUGUGCUAUAAAAGUUCCAAGGACCAGCAGCCUCAGAUGGAACUUCCCCUCCAAGGCUGCACCAUCACGUAUAUCCCGAAAGACAGCAAGAAAAAGAAACACGAGCUGAAGAUCACCCAGCAGGGCACAGACCCCCUUGUUCUUGCAGUCCAGAGUAAGGAGCAGGCCGAGCAGUGGCUGAAGGUGAUCAGGGAGGUCUACAGUGGCUGUAGUGGGCCAGUGGAUCUGGAAUGUCCUCCCACCUCGAGCUCCCCGGUGCACAAGGCAGAACUGGAGAAGAAGCUGUCUUCAGAGAGACCAAGCUCAGAUGGGGAGGGUGUUAUAGAAAAUGGAAUUACGAUGUGUAACGGUAAAGAACAAGUUAAGAGGAAAAAAAGUUCCAAAUCGGAGGCCAAGGGAACCGUGUCUAAAGUCACUGGGAAAAAAAUUACCAAGAUCAUCGGUUUGGGAAAGAAAAAGCCCUCGACAGACGAACAGACCUCCUCGGCGGAGGAAGACGUGCCCACUUGCGGCUACCUGAACGUGCUCUCCAACAGCCGCUGGCGGGAGCGCUGGUGCAGGGUCAAGGACAACAAGCUGGUCUUCCACAAGGACAGGGCCGACCUGAAGACCCACAUUGUCUCCAUCCCGCUCCGCGGCUGCGAGGUCAUCCCGGGACUGGACUCCAAACACCCCUUGACCUUCCGGCUGCUUCGCAACGGACAGGAGGUGGCUGUGUUGGAGGCAUCUUCUUCUGAAGACAUGGGCCGAUGGAUUGGGAUUUUGCUGGCUGAGACAGGGUCCUCGACCGACCCCGGGGCUCUGCACUACGACUACAUAGACGUGGAGAUGUCGGCGAACGUCAUUCAGACAGCCAAGCACACCUUCUGUUUCAUGAACAGGCGCGUCCUGUCUGCUAACCCGUACCUCGGGAGCACCUCCAACGGCUACGCGCACCCGAGCGGCCCGGCGCUGCACUACCACGACGUCCCCUGCAUCAACGGCCCGUGGGAACCCGACGGCGGCUUUCCUGCGCCCGGUGGCGGAGGCCCGGGAGAAGAGGCGCCCUGCGAUCCCGCGGUCCUGUACGAUAACUUGCCGUCCCCGAAAAUCUUUGCGCGCUGCCCGCCUGCUGCCAGGAGGGCUUCUAGGCCGCCUGCUGACGGCCUGUCUCGUAACCAUUACAGACACCCUGCCUCCUGCAGCCUGCCCUCCUCCCCGUCUGUCACUAACACCUCUUCUCUGGGGAGGGCGUCUCUCGGGCUCAGCUCCCAGCUGAAGGGUAAAAAGCCUCCCGUGGCAUCCAACGGGGUUCCCGGAAAAGGCAAGACACUGAGCAGUCAGCAGAAAAAAGCCGAUUCGGCCUCUGGCGUGAAGCGGACACCUUCAAAUGCUGACCAGUAUAAAUACGGCAAGAACCGGGUCGAAGCUGAUGCCAAGCGGCUGCAGGCCAAGGAGGAGGAGCUGCUGAAGAGGAGGGAAGGCCUGCGGGACAGGCUGGCCCAGCUCCGGAAGGAGAGGAAGGGCCUGAGGGCGGCCAUCGAAGUCAACACGGGCAGGAAGACACAGGUGAUCCUGGAGGACAAGUUGAAGAAGCUGGAGGAAGAGUGUAAGCAGAAGGAGACGGAGCGCGUCAACCUGGAGCUGGAGCUGACCGAGGUCAAGGAGAGCCUGAAGAAGGCCCUGGCCGGCGGGAUCACCCUGGGGCUGGCCAUCGAGCCCAAGUCAGGGACGUCCAGUCCGCAGUCUCCAGUGUUCAGGCAUCGGACUCUGGAGAACUCGCCCAUGUCCAGCUGCGAAACCAGUGACGCUGAGGGCCCGGUGCCUGUGAACAGUGCAGCUGUCCUGAAGAAGAGCCAGCCGGCCGCCGGCAGCUCCCCCUGCCGGGGACACGUGCUUCGGAAGGCCAAGGAGUGGGAGCUGAAGAACGGCACGUAAAGACGCGGACGCUCCGGCUCCCGCGGCGUCGCCCCUCCAGUGACCCGGGGAGCGCUGGAGGCUCCAGCAGCGGCAGGACGCCCGGGGCUGGGACCCAGACCCGCUCACGUGUCUCCUCUCUACUGUCCAAUGGUUCCCCUUAAAGAGAUUCACUUGUAA